GGCAACCAAGACGACAACAAACGCAGGAUGGCGGACGAGCCGUCUGUUAAAAAGCAAGUUAAGAUCACAACCCCUGAUAUAGAGCGGGAAAUUAGAGAUGAGAGCUCUGAUAGAAAAAAGAAGGGACGUAAGGAUGAGAUAUUAAAAGAUGAUCGAGGCUCAGAAAUUCCCACCACUUCCCAGUCUCAGAGAGUGGACAUAUCUCGUAUUCAGAGCGCGUACUCGGACCGAUGUCACUCCCGGUCAAACUUCCCCCUCGUCCUAGAUGAGUACGGAGAGGAACAAGAUCCCAGGGAUAAAGAAAACAAGAAGAAGAAGAGUUCAAAGAAAGUCUCCAAAUCUGAUUCCCAUGACGACGAGGUGCAGGAGAAGAGGCGGAAAAAACAGGAGGAGCUGGACUCUCGCACUGCCCAUGAGAGAUACAUACAAGUAAUGGACGACCUGAAUAAUCGGCCAGUGGAGGACCGCUUCUACUCCAAAAAAGUGGCAGCCAUCGCGACGUCGGUCACCAAGUUCCAGGACAGGAACACUAACUCUCCAGUCAAAUCCCCGAGAGUCGAAAUCAUGGAGGUCGCCAAGGCAAACAAGAAGGCCCAUAAAAAGAAAGAGAGGCAUGUUCUGACUACAAAUAAUGAACACCUGAAAUACAUCACAAAAACAGAAACAGCUAAGAUAGUUGAGAUACAGGACAGACUGAUUAAGGAGGGAAAGUUAAAGACUCAAGCCGACAUUGAUAAGUUCCGAGAAGAUGCCAAGGACCCGGUUCUUCUGAACUCCUACACAGCAAAGACCUCAGUCAAGCCAGAUGUCAGUUCCACAAGUGUGAGUAACCUAAGACCAGAGAAGUCACACCCCCAUGCCUCUCUGGCAGAGUUACCUCCCCGAUCUCUGAGUUAUAUCUCCGAGCGGUCGUCUAGACCUGACACACGACAGGACUGGGCCGUCACUCAACAAUUCAAACAUAAACACGAGCAGGGUAAGAGCAUGACUCCCCAUCAGAUUGCCAGACAGGCGGCCCAGGAUCUAGAGAAGAGGUUCCCAAAGACACAAAUGCCGCCAAUGAAGAGCUUUACCAUAGAUCUUGGGGAGAAACCGCCCGAUCCAGAGGAGUUGCAGAGAGAGAUUGAUUUGAAGGUCAGAAUCAAACAAAGGAAGAAGUUUCUUAGGAAACUGAACAGAAUGUAUCAGUUGUCAAUGGCCCACAAUGCAGCAACCAACAGGAUACUGGAGAAACAUGGUGAAAUCAACCAAAUCCUGGAGGGGAACAGUCUACGAGAUGUGGUGGCGACUCUACCAGCUCCAGAGGAUGUUUACAUCACUGAGGAGGACAUCCGGGUUCCUGACCCUGUGGAAAUAUUUGGUCCACUCGUGGAGUCUGUGCCUGUCUCAAGGGCCAGUACUAGAACCAACCUAGUAUCCCAGAGGGGUAGCAGAGAAAAUCUGGCAUCUCAGAAGGGAAGCAGAGAGAAUCUGUACAGCCGAGGGUCAUCUAAAGCCUCCUCUAAAAUUGUCAGGAGGCAGACUUUCAGCGUAGGAGAUGUUAAGGAAGAUAAAGUUUUGACCUUGCCCCCAGCUCCCCUACCCCUCACCAUGGACGAAAUCAGGUCCAAGGCCAAAGUCAUUGAGGCCAAGUGUCUCAGUACAAACUGGGUAAACUACAUGCGGUCUGGGAAGCCUACAGCAUGAGCACUCAAACUCCUAUACAUCCUACACACACCUAAACUAACCAUGUCAUGCUUCAACUGAGAAUUCCCAUUCUGUAUCCAUAUUUCGUGUUUGGAAUGUGUUCACUUUCUUUUGGAGCACGACUUUUUGAGCCUAGUCAGAAAUGGGUUUACACUUUCUUUAAUUUUAUCCAGAAGUACACUAUACAUCAUGUGGUGCAUUUGAUUUCAGUUAAAAUUAAUCAGAUUAAUUAUUAAUAAAUUAUUAAAAUUUACAUUGGGAACAUUUAAUCAUUUUCUUACAAUCUUAAGUUUUUGAUUUUAUUGCAUCAUUUUACAACAUGUUUUGAGAGACAUUCAAGUACUUGUGUUUUUAAGAUUCUAUGUAUUGUUUAAAAGUACCAUCGUAAGUUCCACAAAUAUUUGAAAAUUGCUUUCGCAACCCAAAUUUUCGUGACUAAUCUUUCGAGAAAAUAUUGUGUUGUUUAUGGUACAUAUCUAUGCUGUGCAGUUUUAAUGUCUUAUAUUUGUUACAUAUUUUAUAAUACUUCUAUUUUGUCACAGUUAUGUUUGCUGUACAUGUAAUGUCAACUGUCUGGUAUGUUUUGUGAAGUUCAUAAAUG